AUGUUAGUGUUAUGUUGUCUAUACAUAGUCAGAGCUGAUUUAAUUGAAGAAAUUAAUUCCCGACUCCCCGAAGACGGCAGUCUGAACUUUACUGGACAUGCGACGAAAUAUGGGUUGAAAACAGAACAGUUUGAUUUAAUAACUGAAGACAAUUACAUCCUACAAUUAUUUCAUAUCCGGGGAGAUAGAUCAAAACCUUUAUUACUUACUCAUGGUCUUGAUAACUCAGCAGAUAUGUUUAUCAUGAGAGGUAACACAUCAGUCGCUUUGGCUAGAGAUGGAUAUGAUCUUUGGUUUAUGAAUUUAAGAGCAAAGAAUACAGCACAAAAAAUCUAUAUUUAA